UGAGGUGCGUAACUCGUUUUAUAAAUAAACAUUGUUUUGGAAGUUGGCUUUUUCCCAGAAAAUCAGCGAAAAACGGCUAUGAAAAAGAUUCCUUGUCGCGUUUGCCUGACGACCGGCAGUCCGCGCAUCGAUAUGUUGUCGAAUCCGCUCCCCAAAUACCCGGGAGCCGACGUUUCGUUGCUGGAGAUGUUCGCACUCGUCACCGAAAUCGCAAUGCAAGUCGGAGAAAACAGUAUUUUAUGCAGCAAUUGCCAGAAACGGCUCACCGAUGCCUACAACUUUCGUUGCGAGGCCCAGCGCUCGAAUGUUUUGCUGGAAACCAUCAUUUUGCCACAAAAAGAGGAAUAUUCCGUUGCAGUAAAGGAAGAAGGCGCGGACUACGAGGACUACGAAGCACUUGAGAAUGUCGAGACCCACAUCAAAGACGAAAGUUUUGCAGCACCACCGGCACCGCCGCCACUCACAAAGAAGGAAACUCCCGUUGUGGUAAGGCGCCGACGAAAUCGAGCAUCAUCGAUCCCCUUGCCGCCCGCCACUUUGACACGAUUCCAUUGUCGCUACUGCUUCGGACACUUCCCGAACAGCUUGAAAAAGCACGAAGCUGAACACAUUGUCGCAAACGGCGGCUUGGAAUGUCACCAUUGUGGCAAGAAAUUCCGCAUCCGGAAUCUCAUACGAGAACAUUUGCGAAUGGUUCAUUUCACGGACAAAUCGGAUCCGAAUCGCGUACGCUGGACAUGCGACUUGUGCGGACGCUCGUAUUCGGAAAAGGCGUCGUUGCGCAAUCACAAACGCGACAAACACUCGGACAACCCAAAAAUUCACCAAAAAGUACUGUGCCCGCUCUGUGGCAAGGCAGUGCGUUGCGUUUCCGUGCACAUUUAUCACAUGCACGAACAACACGAUCUCCUUACGUGCGACUUGUGUCAGAAGCAGUUCAAGACAAAAAUGACCCUCAAAGCACAUUUCCAGGCGCGUCACAUGGAAAAGAAACCGCCGGAGAUCCCGUGCCCCGAAUGCUCGAAAAUGUUCGGUACCGAGUCGCAGGUCAAGGAUCACUUGCAACGCGUUCAUUACACCGUCGGACAAAAAUUCCAAUGCGAAAUCUGCUCCACCAAAUUCAAGUCGAUGCAAAGUUACAAGUUCCACAUGAAAAUGCAUCAGGCGAGUUUGGAUCACAGAUGCGAGGUGUGCGGAAAUGGGUUUAAAACGCGCGCCUAUUUAUUGCAACACAUGAAAGCGCAUUCGGAAGAGAAAAAUUACACAUGCGACGUCUGUCACAAGAGUUUCAAGCGUUCCGGCCAACUUGUCAAGCACAAAUGGACACACGAGGACCGCAGAUUCUACUGCGAAUAUUGCCCGAACGAGAGUUUCAUCGAUGCCACCACGCUCCGGAUGCACAACGAGAAAGUCCAUCUUGGUAUUCGGUACAAAUGCGAGUGCGGCAAGGAAUACGGCAUGAAGAAACACUUGCGACAACACCAAACGGCACAGAAUCACGACAAAAACAAGUGGUCGAAAGUAAUUCCGAUUGGCGUCGAACUUGAAAGUAACUCUGGCUAUUGGUCAUCAUCAAAUCAGUAAUUGUUGCAGCAGAAUUUCCAUUCUCUAGUAAAAUUAUAUAUGUAUGUUUAAUAAUAAAAAGUAUCACAGUAA